AUAACACGUGUUAUUGACCGUCCGAUCUCCAAAAUUAAAAUUAUCUGCUCUCUUGCUUUCACAAUCAAUCUCACUUUCAAAUCAUAAUACGAAUUCAGAUUUGUCUUCUCUGAUUCGUGGUGCGUUUUGUUCCGAUCACUGACGUUGAAGAUUUCAAAACACAGAAUUUCGAUUUCUUAAGUCUCAGUUCUUGAGCUGAGUUUUGUUACUGAGAGGUUUCGAAGCAUUGAAGAUGCUUUUGUCUGCACUUCUUAUGUCUGUUGGGAUAAACUCUUGCCUAUGUGUAUUACUCUUCAUUCUUUACUCUGUACUGAGGAAGCAGCCACGAAACUACGAGGUUUUUUUACCUCGCAGACUCGCGAAUGGGACGUAUAAACGUAGACGCAACAAAGUAGCAAGGUAUAUACCUUCUCUUAAAUGGAUUUGGAAAUCAUGGAGACCAACAGAAAAGGAACUUAUGGAAUCAUCUGGCUUGGAUGGUGUUGUGUUUAUGAGAAUGAUCACUUUUAGUUUGAAAGUGUUCUUGUUUGCUGGUAUCAUUGGUGUUUUUGUUCUCUUGCCUGUGAACUGCUUUGGAGAUCAACUUACAGUGAUUGAUUACGCUGACUGGUCAGCCAAUUCUUUGGAUCUGUUUUCUGUUGCAAACCUCAAAGUCCGCUCACAAUGGCUAUGGGUUCACUUUGGAGCUAUAUAUCUUGUGACUGUAUUUGUUUGCUGUCUUCUUUACUUUGAAUUCAGAUAUAUUGCGUUGAAAAGGAUUGAGCAUUUCUAUUCAUCUAAACCUAAGCCAGAACAGUUUACAAUAUUGGUUCGAAAUAUCCCCUCUUCAGAUGGAAGCAGUGUGAGCGACACUGUUGAUAGGUUCUUUGGUGAAAAUCAUUCCUCUACCUAUUUUUCUCAUGUGGUUAUCCAUCGAACAAGUAAACUCCGAAGUGUCGUUGAUAAGGCUAAAAAGUUAUAUAAAGAAGUGAAACAUAAGAAGCCAGUUAAAAAGACGCCAAUGAGAUUCUUCAGUCGUAAAGACAAUACUGAGGGUCACUAUGAGAGUGUGUUACAGGAAAUGGAACAGAACAUACGAUUGGGGCAAGCUGAAGUUUCAGCACCUGGAAAGGAAGUUCGAGCUGCUUUUGUAUCAUUCAAGUCUCGAUAUGGUGCUGCAACAGCACUCCACAUGCCACAAUCAAUCAACCCUACUUACUGGCUCACAGAACCAGCACCAGAACCUCAUGACGUACACUGGCCUUUCUUCUCUGCAUCAUUUAUGCAGAAAUGGCUUGCUAAAAUUCUGGUUGUGUUCGCUUGUCUCCUCCUUACUAUCUUAUUUCUUGUUCCAGUAGUACUUGUCCAAGGUCUCACCAACCUUCCUGCACUAGAAUUUAUGUUCCCGUUCUUGUCAUUGAUCCUAUCAAUGAAAGUUGUAAGUCAAAUAAUAACUGGAUACCUUCCAAGUCUUAUACUUCAGACAUCUCUCAAAGUCGUACCUCCAACCAUGGAGUUUCUCUCUUCUAUCCAAGGGCACAUUUGCCACAGCGAUAUACAAAAGAGUGCUUGUAACAAGGUGAUCUGGUUCACUAUAUGGAAUGUGUUUUUCGCAACUGUUUUCUCUGGAUCAGCCUUCUACAAGCUUUCUGUAAUUCUCGAUCCAAAGCAAAUCCCGCUCAAGUUGGCUGUGGCUGUUCCAGCUCAGGCUUCGUUUUUCAUCGCUUAUGUUGUGACAACAGGAUGGACAGAUACUCUGACUGAACUCUUCCGUGUAGUUCCCUUCAUGGUCAGUUACAUAAAAAGAUCUUUUGAACCGUCAGAUGAAAAUGAAUUUGUUGUACCGCCAAUGCGGUACCACAGAGACACUCCUAGAGUUCUCUUCUUUGGGCUUCUUGGGAUUACAUACUUCUUCUUAGCUCCAUUGAUUCUUCCUUUCAUCCUUUUAUACUUUAUCCUUGCAUACAUCAUCUACCGAAACCAGGUAUAUAUGACACACAUAUUUUACUCUUUUAGCUUUCUUCGUGCACUAGAACUAAGGACUCAAUUGUGUUUUGCGAUGCAGUUUAUGAAUGUGUAUGCUCCAAAGUUUGAUACGGGUGGAAUGUUUUGGCCAAUGAUACACUAUACGAUGAUAUUCUCUCUUGUACUUAUGCAAGCAAUUGCAAUCGGUCUAUUUGCGCUAAAGAAGAUGGAACUAGCUACAUACUUGCUUGUCCCUCUUCCCGUUUUUACUCUUCUCUUUAACGAGUUCUGUCGUAAACGCUUCAUGCCUAUAUUCACUGAUUAUCCUGCUGAGGUGUUGACAAAGAGAGAUAAGGAAGAUAGAAACGAUCCAACAAUGCCCGAGUUUUACAAUAACUUGGUCAGUGCGUACAAAGAUCCUGCUCUGCUCCCACUUAGAUUCUCAGGAUCAGGAAGCAGAAACGAUAGCCUCACUAGUCCUCUUCUCUCUUUUAGUGAGGUUUGAUCCUCUUCUAUACAACUUUACCUGUCUCUUCUUCUGUACAUGCUUGUGCAUAUAUAUACACUUCACUUAUACCUCAAAAGUCAUUAGAGAUCUACAUUGGAAACUCUAAUAUCAUAAUUUAUUUGUAAAUCUUUAUUUACUACAGAAUCAGUCAUUAUAAGAUAGAGUAGUUUAUUACAUCAGUGAGUUAUUAAAGAUUGACUACUAAACGUUAUACUGUUAGCUAACCAUGUCUCUUAUAGACAUUAACUGUUUGUUACAAGAACACUAAAACUAAAUUAUAACAAGAGUGGGAAAAAAUGUAUUUGUUUAACAUAAUGUGAACGGGAU